CCACAGCCGUCUAGGGAGAGUUUACACACAAUGCAACGGCAGCGAAGGGAGGAAGAGCGCAUCAGCAGCGCUGCGAUGAAUGCAGCUGUGUCACAGGCAGAGGCACUGGGCAUGACGCCUGAAGAGUUGCAACAGACUAUCGACCAGAUGCACCUGCACGAUCAACACGCCAUAGUCGCCUAUCCCGGCUCCAGGCCUCGAGAUCAAGAGCAAUUGCUAGAGGACAGCAAGACCUUCGUGACAGUGUGGCCCAAUUACCUGGAUGCAGAAAAAACACUAUUCCAAGGCCGGCGGAUACCCAAAGAGAAGGCAUGCCCCAACCCGUCGGUGCACGAUAUCUCGGACCUGCUGGUCCAGUGGGAGCUCGCGCACAUUGUUGAGCAGCACAAAAGGUACCCGCGGGACUGGCUCUCCUACGGCCGCGUCCGGGUGGAGCUCAAAGACCCGAUCACAGGCGCGCCCCUCCACCCCGAUUUUCCCUCCAGGAGGGCCCUGCUCUUGAAGCUGGGCGAGUCGAUUCCCGGCCUGAGCAGCCGCAAGCGGCCCUGA